ACGGUCGCGAUCCGCGAGAUCCACCAGGCUCAAUCCGACGGGUCGCUGUCCGGGAGCUCGUGCCGUUGAUACGUUGAUACGGUAUUCGUCGAUGCGAAGACCAGCAAUACGCCCGAGUUAAGGCCAGAUCAACCGAGAUUUUUUUUUCUGAGUGAGAAAGUUGAAGAACACGACCCAAGCAAUGAGGUUGAACGAAACGUUUUCCUGAUUCGGCCCACAAUGGCGAUGAGAGUGAGAAUGACACCGAGUCGGAUGAUGAUGGCGCUUCACCGGGAGAGGGAUGCUGGUUUUUUCUUAAUACGGGUUUGCGAAACGGCGGCUAAGCGGGAGAUAACCCAAGAUUAACGAGACCAAUGCAGGAACCGACGAGGGGAGGGUUUCUGGAAGAUGUGGAAGGUGUGCCGGUGUCGAUUGACGAGACGCGAUGAGAAGCGCGUCAGUGGUGUAAUCAAACACCACCAAAAAUGAUGACAACGGGAGGCUUCAAAAUACGCCAACGAGAUCCCGAAACUGUUUCAAAAGGUUCCGAAGACGAAGAUGAAGGAGAUCAUUCAAGCCGAGUAUAAAAGCACACUCUCAUGGAAAGAUAUGCAACAUCACAGAAGGCCCCUCUCUCACUCAGGGUCUUCCUUCAUUUCUGUACCAAGCACUUAAACCCCUGCUGAUAAUCAUCAAUAUAGUUGCCCGUCACUGGGCCGUUGGCAGCUGCAAGACGACAGACUGACUCUCUCUCACCUUCGCGCCACUUUUACCCGCUGACCGCAAAGGAAGAAAAAAACAUACAGACUUCAUAGCCUUCACCGUACUUCCAUAACGGACCAACCCUUACUCCUCACUCAAUUUUUUACCCGUAAACAAAACCUAAACCGACAAAAUGGGUGGAGGUAACGGAGCCAAGGCCGCGCAGAAGCGUGCCCGCAACGCAAAGGAUGCUGCCCCCAAGGCCGCUUCUCAGCUCAAGAGCAACGAGAAGGCCAUGAACAUCAUCUGCAACAUCUGCAAGCAGACCUUCCUCUCGACCUCCCGCAAGCCCCAGCUCGAGCAGCACUCCAGCAGCGGCAAGCACGCCGGGAAACACACGUUUGAGCAGUGCUUCCCCGAAUACAAGGAGUAG